CCGCCCCACGCGGCUGAGCGCGGGCGGGCCGCGUGACGUGGGGGCGGCGGCGGCGGCCCGGGAUGGAGGCGCGCGGCGAGCUGCGGGUCGGGUUCGUGGGCGCCGGCCGCAUGGCCCACGGGGUGGCGCAGGGCGUGGUGCGCGCAGGAAAAGUCAAAGCUGCUAACAUCUUGGCCAGCGCGCCGUCCGACAGGAACUUGGGUGCCUUCCAGGAUUUGGGCUGCAGGACGACACACUGCAACAGCGAGGUGCUGCAGCGCUGUACUCUGGUCUUCCUAGCCACCAAGCCUCACCUGCUUCCUGGAGUCCUGCAGCAGAUUGCUCCUGCCGUUACCCGGGACCACAUUAUCGUAUCGGUGGCUGCUGGAGUCACUCUGCAGACCCUGCAACAGCUUCUCCCUGCUGGGACCAAGGUGCUGCGGGUCAUGCCCAACCUGCCCUGCGUGGUGCAGGAGGGGGCAGUGGUGUUUGCCCGGGGGAGCUGUGCUGGGGAGCAGGAGGCCGCCCUGCUGAAGAGCCUGCUGUCUGCCUGCGGGCUGUGUGAAGAAACGCCUGAGUCCUACAUCGAUAUCCACACGGGCCUGAGUGGCAGCGGCGUAGCCUACGUUUACUUGUUUGCUGAAGCCCUGGCGGAAGGUGCUGUGAAGAUGGGCAUGCCCAGUGCCUUGGCCAAUAAAAUUGCAGCCCAGACGCUGCUGGGAGCAGCAAAGAUGAUCCUGGAGACAGGGGAGCACCCGGCCAAGCUGCGCAGCAACGUCUGCACGCCUGGCGGCACCACCAUCCACGCCUUGCACGAGCUGGAGAAGGGGGCGCUGCGGGCCACUGUCAUGAACGCCGUGGAGGCUGCGACCACGCGGGCUCGCGAGCUGGGCGAGAGAUAGGGGCCCAACCGGGCGGGGUGUUCCGGGGCGCCUGGCCUGUCUGAGCCAUGUGCGAAUCUCCAUUCCGUGAUGGAAGGAAGUUUCCCAGGUUGUCCAGCGGAUGUAGAUCCCAUUCUUCCCUCCCUAGGUGCCUCUCUUCCUGCCUGAGGGAUUCCCAGCUCCAGGUCACCAGUGAUCUCCUCUAGCCCCAGUCCUUCCCCACGGGGCAUGGCUUCCCCACAGGUGAGGCAGGGUCCCCUCGCGUUCCUGGCAGUCCCCCGACCUGCCUUGGCCCAGCCCUGCCUCGGCUGUGGGGACUUCACGCUCGUAUCCAUUCCGUACGCAUUGGCUGCUCUCUCCGGACGGUGGGUCCCUAAUAAGUGAUGGCAACAGCAGGACGUGGGAACUGCUGGCCCAGACUCCUGGCUUCUUCUGCUCUCCUUUGUUUAGAGACGGUGCCCAUCCUCCGAAGGCAGCCUUGGCACCAGGCUGGCCGUCUGCAUCUGCAAUGAUCACACGGCUGUCAGGGAAACAGUCCCGACCGGUAAAGUGCAGCCUUCCCGUCUGCCGCCUGGUGACGGUCCAGCCAGCGUCUCACCUGCUGGUGGGUCUGGUCUGGUGGCGGGUGGUGUGAGCAGGUGCUGGUUUAUAGGAUGUUCUCCUGGGGGUGAUGGCUCCUGGAGCCUUAAUGCAGCCUGCAGCUUCCCUCCCCCUUUAGCAGGGAGGAGCAAGUCCCCAGGUCCCAACAGCCCCGGCUCCCUCUGAGUGCCUGGGUGAGGGGGGAGUUCCCUGUAUUCCUGACUGUUUUCACUGCUGGGUGGGCAGGAAAUAGGUACCAGCAGAGGCCUGGAAGAGACCAUAAGCUCCAGCUGCCUGUUAGCAGCUGCACCGGCAGUCCCAGGAGAGCCCCAGCUGCCAUGCGGCGUAGGAAGCUAUGUGUGCCUGCAGCGGGCGGUGAAAUAGAGCUGUACUGUGCCCUCCAAAGGUGUGUUGAUCUCUUGGCUCCUCUGCCAACUAAAGGGUUAAUGGUGACAUCAUCACCUGCUGUAGUGCAUGCAAGCUGGCCCCUGGCCUGGGGGCAAGCAGCGGUCAGCAAAGUUAGGGCUGGUCUCAGGCAGAGUGCCUCCGUUGCAAGCGGAGAAGAAGCUGGUCCAUGGCUGUAGGUUGCGUUAACCCUCCUCCUCCUGCUGCAGCAUUUUCAGUAAGGGGGGUUGGCACAGAUCCUCCAUGUGCAGAAGCUCCUCCACUCUGCUGCAGGGCCAAAUCCAUCACUACGCAGUGUCCCUGGCUCACUGUCAAAUCGAAGUCAGGGAGCCCCCACAGCCCCGCCAAAUGCUCGGUGAAACCUGGUAUUGACAGAACCAGGGAGGGAGGUGGGUAACUGGGUCGUCGGGGAGCUAGAAGGCGGAAAGGGAAUUUAUCUCCUCCCUCCUUCGGGCAGCAGUGAUCGUAGGGUGGGCGGGGGCAUCAGAGUUUAUCUCCCCAUGCCAGCAAACCUCGACCAACAGCUCCGCUGCCCUAUUGUCAGCCACGCCAGCUACCAACAGUACGUUGUCUGGCUGUGUGAUAAAAUGCUCAGCAGUGAAAGAGUUAACGAUGGCAUGCGGAGGUACCUGUAGGGCUGUGUUCUGGCUGCACAAGACUCCACUCCCAACUAUACUUACCUACCUGCUCCCUCGGAGAACGCACCCGCGUACUUUGGCCAUCACAAGCUGAUGCACGGAGUGCUUUUCCCUCUGUGGCUCUCAAAGGCUGGGUGGCAUGAUUGUCCCUAUUCUACAGCUGGGGAAACCGAGGCACAGGACGGCAGAGUGACACAAGCCAGCUCAGUAUUAGAGCGUAGAGCUCUGAUCUGAGUGCUCAGCCUCUCUGUCUCAUCUGGCAGCCCACCCCUGCCCGGUGAGCUGGUCCCAGCCAGGAGCUAACAGCCCCUCUCACAUUCAUGCAGGGGAACCCACAGCGGGCAGCGAAGAUCCUUCCUGAACUGUGACCCCCGUUUGCUCUGGUGUGGGGUGGGCAGGUAAUGCCAGCUCUAAGCCGAGUGGUGAGCUGCAAACAGAAGCAGAAAGUGCCUUGGCCUCGGCAAUCUCUGACUGGCUGCACUACCAGCCCCUUGGUGCGUGCCUCGGGGUCAGGGCCAGCUGUGACCCCGGCACAACGCAUGGCCCCGGGGAGGAGGAUGUGCUCUGUGUGCCCCGUCUCCAAAUGGCUCUGAAAUGUCCUGCCCGGCUUUCCCCCACUGCUCCCUCCGGGAUCUGUCAGCCAAGCUCACGGUCCUGGGACUCCAGCUACGUAAUGCACCUUGGCAGGUGGCAUCAUGCAAUAUUCAUACGGCUUUGGAGGAUGACACAGUUAUGGACCGGGCCUCCAUUUAGGGGCUUGAACAGGUGUCCCUGCAAGGCCAAUUCCCAUCUCCUGCGCCACCUCCCACUCUGUGGCUCAUUCUCAGCCACGCAGCCAGCCGUCUCUCUGCUCCACCCCCGUUUGCAGCCCUUCAGGGCUGUGCCGGCAGCUCUGGUGCAGGACCCCGAAUUGGCUUCAGGUUGAAAUAAUGAGCGAAGUGAGGGAAAGAAAUAAAGGCUGCAGGAGGUAGGGUGCAGAGAAGAGCAGCACGGAUGCUGUGGGGCUGGAGGGACUGGCUCAGGAGGAGAGAGGGGAGCUGUAUAGGGCAGUAUCCAAAGCCCACUGAAGUCAAUAGGAAUCUUUCCAUUGGCUUUAGUGCGCUUUGGAUCGGGCCACCGAGAGGGGCAAUUGCAGGGAGCCUGAUUUUUGGGGGGAUGGGAGGAGCGAUUCCUCCAGAGUAAGAACAGCGCCGGACAGGAUGAGGAUCUAUCCCCCUCCAGGUUGCCCCUGGAGCUGGUCAGGAAUUGUAAGGUUUUCAUCUUUGUUUACAUUUUUCUACAAAUAUGUUCAGGUUUUCAUUGAAAAAUGGGGUCAUUUGGGGAUAUUGUCUGAUUCCCCCCCCCCCCAAAUAAAAACCUAAUUGAAAA